AUGGCCAUGGCGUCGCGCUCCGGCAAGCGCGUCCGCACCGAGAGCGACGGCAACGGCGGCGAAGAGGGCGAGCCCGUGGCGGUCGCUGCCGGCUUCGAGGCGCCCAUCUUUGGCGCGCGCACCGUCGGCCAGGUCACCACGCUCGCGCUCGAGGGCAAGGACAGACCUCUGGCGUCACUCAGCCUGCGCGGCGUCGCAAGCGAUCACGCGGGCGGCUGGUACGUUGCGACUGGGGUCUCGGUGCUGCACGUCUCGUCGGCCGGGCGCGUGCGCACCGCGGCAACCAGCGAAGGCGGCUACCUCUUCGGCCUCACCAUCAGCCCGGACGGGAGCGCGCUGUUUGUGACAAACAUCAGCAACAACAAGAUCCAACGGGUGGAGGUGGCAACAGGUGCUGUGACGACGCUCGCGGGUAGCGGCGAAGAAGGCGAUGCAGACGGCGUCGGCGAUGCGGCGCAGUUCAAGAACCCAAUGGGCGCCGUAAUCAGCCCGGACGGGAGCGCGCUGUUUGUGGCGGACACACACAACCACAUGAUCCGUCGGGGGGAGGUGGCGACGGGCGCGGUGACUACGCUCGCGGGUAGCGGCGAAGAUGGCGACGCGGAUGGCGUCGGCGGCGCGGCGCAUUUCCGCGAACCACACAGCCUCGCCAUCAGCUCGGAUGGCAGCGCGCUGUUUGUGACCGACCACGGCAACAACAAGAUCCGUCGGGUGCAGGUGGCGACGGGCGCUGUGACGACGCUCGCAGGCAGCGGCGAGAGAGGCGAUGCAGACGGCGUGGGCGGUGCGGCGCAGUUCAACUCCCCAGCCGGCCUCGCCGCGAGCCUGGACGGCAGCGCGCUGUUUGUGGCGGACCUCUUCAACGAAAAGAUCCGGCGGGUGGAGGUGGCGACUGGCGCGGUGACUACGCUCGCAGGCAGCGGUCGCAGGCAGCGGCGCCUGGGCAGCGUCGAUGACGUGGGCGACGAGGCGCAGUUGCGACUCCCACGCGGCCUCGCCAUCAGCGCCGACGGCAGCACCGUUUUGGUUUGCUCGCAGAACGGUGGCAUCCGCCAGGUCCGCGUGGCUGCGCCUCCUCCGCCUCCCUCCUUCGCGCCGCUCGUUGUUCCGCCCUCCACCUUCUCCGCGGACAUGGGCAAAAUGUGGGGCGACGACGCUUUGCCGCAGGGAUUGGUCACCUUCCUGGUCGGCGACGACGAGGAGCGCGUCGAGCACGUCACAAAGGCCGCCCUCUGCGUGCGGUCCGUGUUCUUUCGGACGAUGUUUGGCAUCGGCAUGAAGGAGCGCGACGCCGCCGAGGUCACGGUGCUCGAAACGGACCUCGCCAGCUUCACCGCCCUCGUCCGCUACCUCCUCACCGACCAGCUCGACCUCGGCGAGGGGGAGGGCGAGCAGGCGCGGCGCGCGCUCGACCUGCGGCAGCUGGCGCAAAAGUACCAGGCGGCGCACACGACGGGCGACGGGCGGCUCCUCGCGCAGUGCCGCCGCUACGUGGCCGACCACGCCGCCGAGGUGCGCGCGAGCGGCGGCGUGGAGCAGCUGCGCAACAUGGGCGUGGCCAAGGGGCUGCUCGGCGACGCGCUCGACCAGGUGGCGGAGCUGAGGGGGGCCGUGGCGGCGCGUGACGCGGAGCUCGAGAAGAACCGCACGCAGAGCUGA